GGCAGCGGAGCCGGCAGAGGCAUUGGCAGCAGCACCACAGGCAGAGAAGCCGGCAGUAGAGCCGGCAGCAGCCCCAGCAGUGAGGCCAAUGGAAGCAGAGGCAGCGAAGCCGGUUACAGAUCCGGUGGAGGCAUCGACGGGCAAGGGACUAUGAGCGCGUGAGACCAUCCUAUAUAGGUUGGAAAUCAACCUGGAACAUUAUCGCCGCCUGUUCCUUGCCAAGAAAGGGCCCGACGAGAGAUGGCCACGGGUGUUGCUACAGCUGCUGCGAGACAUCUUGGAUAAAUGUGUAAGCCCAGCGGGACCCGAUAGAGAAGCCCUGGCGGACCAGAUCAUCCUCGAACAAUUCCAAAAUGAUUUGGAGGAAAGGACACAAUGCUGGGUAUGCCAACACUCCCCCUGGACCUGUGAAGAAGCCCUGAAAUUGGCAGAGGCUUUUACUGCCUCGGAAGCAAGCUAUCCCAGGGAGAGAAGGAACCCAGGACCCAUUGCAGUGCCCCCAAAGGAACCCGAGCAACGGUGUCCUCCCAGCCGUGGGGCUACCAGGGACACUGUAUGUUUUCGGUGUGGACAGAACGGGCACUUCUCACGGGAAUGCCUCAGCCAGUCCACCGAACGCUGGAUCUCCGCCGACAGGUCGAGAGCCCCAACAGACUGGCGGAGGGGUCCUGAAGCUGGUGAACCAAUGGAUUGUAGUUAUGCGGUUGGUGAGGAAAAUGGGACCUGGAGUCACCCCAUCGUCAAGGCCUGGGUGGAUGGGCACCCCGUGCAAGCAACCCUGGACUCGGGAUGUGCCCAGUUCAUGGUAAGAUCUGACAUGGUACGUCCGCAAGGUGGACGGAAGGCCCCCCCCCCCCGUGAAGGUGGCCUGCCUCCAUGGGGGAACCAGGUGUAUAGAGUAGCAAUGGAUCCUCCUACGUGUGAUGGAGCACUAGGGAGAACUCCUGGUGGGGGUAGUGCCCCAGUUGGCAUGCGAAAUGCUACUGGGUCGAGACUGGAUGCCAGUAUAUGACGUUCUAGACCGAGUGAGGGACGUGGAAUGGGCAUGCAAAAAGAUUUGGAACCACGAAGAAUUGCUGGUGGAAAUGGAGGAAGACAGGGAGUUGACCGAUGAGGCUGAAGGAUUGGACCUCAGCGAUUUCACCAGCAGCUUGCAAUUUUGGGAAGUGCAAGAGGAAGACCAAGAGCUCGGGACACUUCGAGAGCAGGACUCCAGAGACGUCUCUGCAUCGCUGCCUGAGGGACUGCCCUGCUUCAAGGUAAGGAGCAAUCUCCUUUGCUGCAUACAAGGGCACAGGUGGGAGGGCACCACGGAUGUGCAACUGGUGGUGCUGACCCGACUUCAUCAGAUUAUCUGGCGAUUGGCACACGCAAGCCCCGUGGGAGGGCAUUUAGGACAGGACAAGACCCUUGCGAAGGUGAGCCGGUGGUUCUUUUGUCCUGGGAUGGGGGAGGAGGUAGUCCGACGAUGUGCGGCGUGCCCUUAAUGUCAAAAGAUGAGGACCGAAUGUCCUGCCAGGGCUCCUCUCCAACCCAUGCCUAUUAUAGACACCCCCUUCUUGCGGAUAGCCCUAGACGUCAUAGGACCGCUUCCCUGUAGCAGUUCCAGCCACCAACACAUAUUAGUUAUGGUGGAUUAUGCAACUCGGUACCGGAAGCCAUUUCUUUAUGAGCUGUGACCGCUCCCCGUGUUGCAGAGGUGUUGAUGAAAUGGAUAGCUAGGAUGGGGGUCCCACAAGAGAUUUUAACCGAACAGGAAGGAAUUUUAUGUCCAGAGGCUCGAGGGUGGUGUACAAAAGCGAAUAUUGAGACGCUGCGUUCAAGGGGACCCCCGGAAAUGGGAUCUCCUUCUGCCCUUAGUAUUGUUGACUCUCAGAGACACCCCUCAAGACUGUACAAAGAUUUCUUCAUUUGAGCUAGUUUUAGGACAUCACCCCAGGGGCCUGUUACAAGUCCUGAGAGAGGAAUGGGAACGAGAUGGAGGGCCUGUUCAAGAGCCAACGACAUACCAAUGGGAAUUCCAGCAGAGAAUAAGGGUGGCCCGGGACCUAGCCCACGAGAAUCUGAGGGAAGCUCAGGCCCGCCAGAAAGAAAAUAUGAUGGCCGCGCCAAGGAGCGGGUGUUUGAGCCAGGACAGAGGGUGUUGGUACUUUUCCCCAUGUCUAUGAGUAAGUUCCUGACUCAGUGGCAGGGGCCAUUCGAGAUACUCUGGCGGGUCAGACCAGUGGACUAUGAGGUACAUCGGCCCCGCCAUCUUUGAGAGAAACAAAUUUUCCAUGUAAACCUACUUCAAGAAUGACAAGAACCCGAAGGGUGGGUUGCCUUUUCAGAGGCCGAUAAUGAGGACCUGGGGCCCCAGGGGUUAAGGAGAGGGACUGUGCCCUCUGAGGAAGGAGCCUUAGUCAGAAUCGGGGAGAAGUUGUCCAUUUUUCAGAGGAAGGAAAUGCUAGACCUGAUAGAAGAGUUCUGAGAGACCCUGGCUGGGUUUGGAACACUGUCCACACUAUAAAGACCCUGCUGGGGGCAAUAGUAAGGGAAAGAUGGAGGCCUAUUCCCCACCAUCUCCUAAAAGCCGUGCACGAAGAGGUUGACUCGAUGUUAAAGCAAGGAGUAAUUCGGCCUUCAAGGAACCCCUGGAGGAGUUCUCUGGUUCCGGUGCAUAAACCGAAUGGAUCGCUGAGACUUUGUAUUGACUACAGACGGUUGAAUGCCUUGGCGGUCUUUGAUGCGUUCCCCAUGCCCCAAGUGGCAGAAUUAGUAGAGAGAAUAGGGGAUGCACAGUACAUAUCUACCCUGAACCUCAUGAAGGGGUAUUGGCAAAUCCCAAUAGCCCAGGAAGAGUGACCAAAGACGGCAUUCGGUACCCUGUGGGGGCUCUAUGAAUUUGUCAGAAUGCCCUUCGGGCUGCAUGGAGCUGCUGCGACAUUCCAACGCUUGAUGGACCAGAUCUUAGCGCCCCACGCCGAAUAUGCAGCUGCAUACAUGGACGACAUCGUCAUAUACUCUCAGACCUGGGCACAGCAUAAAAGAGCUCUUAGGGCCAUCUUUUCAGAACUGAAGCACGUGGGCCUCAUGGCAAACCCUCAGAAAUGUGUGCUGGCCCAAAAGGAGACAAAGUAUUUAGGGUUUUUGGUCGGUAGGGGCAUGAUUAGACCCCUGUCAGACAAGGUAGAGAUCAUCCAAAACUUUACAGCCCCCCAAAAUUGUCACCAGCUCUGGUCAUUCUUAGGAUUGACCAAUUAUUAUCGGAGAUUUGCUCUGGACUUCUCAGAAUUGGCAACACCCCUGAUUGAGGCGCUUAAAAGGUGGAGAACUGGGAUAGUAAGAUGGACAGAAGAGAUAACACAAAGUUUUGAGAGGUUGAAACAGGCACUAUGUGAGGAUGUUAUAAUACACACACCUGACUUCAAGAAACCCUUUAUUUUACAGACCGACGCCUCAGAGACGGCAGUAGGUGCCAUCCUCACCCAGAAGGAAGGAGAUACCGAGAGGCCCGUGGCAUACGCCAGCCGCAAGCUGCUACCGGCGGAGGAGAGGUGCAAAGGCGAAGAUCAGGCCGAAGACUUGGAAAAUCAAACUAAGGGGCUUACCAGCCCACCAGGGUCCGAAAGGCGUGGGGAAACGCGCACGGUGAAACCACCCACGCAGUUCAUCAGCUGCACUCAUAUUCAGCUGGGGCCGGGUGAUGUCAGCUGGAGAUGCCACCCAGCGAAGACAAAAGGCUGCCCUGAGGGCGCAGGAGGUGUGCUGGUGAGUGGCGGCUCAACGGGAAAGCCCACACCCCGAGGGGCGCAGCUGCUGUGUUGGGCAGCCCGGGACGGUGGGGGUGGAGCCUGGGGAGGCACCGGCAGCGAAGCCAGCAGAGGAGCCAGCAGCAGAGCCGGCGGAGGCGCUGGCAGCGGAGCCAACAGCAGCGCUGACAGUGAAGCUGGCAGAGAAGCCGGCAGCAGAACCGGCGGAGGCACCAGCAGCGGAGCCGGCAGCAGAGCCAGCAGAGAAGCCAGCAGUGGAGCCAGCAGAGGCACCAGCAGUGGAGCCGGCAGCAGAGCUGCCAGCAGCACCGGCAGAGGAGCCAGCAGAGGUACCAGCAGCAGCACCAGCAGUGGAGCCGGCAGCAGCACUGGCAGUGGAGCUGGCAGCAGUACCGGCAGAGGAGCCAGCAGAGGUAUCGGCAGCAGCAUCAGCAGAGAAGCCAGCAGCGGAGCCGGCAGCAGCACCGGCAAUGAGGCCAACGGAGGCAGAGGCAGCAAAGCCGGUUACAGAACUGGAGACAUUGAUGGGCAAGCCGGACUAUCAAUCUAG